AUGAGAUCACCGCCCGGAAUGAAUCUCUCCUUUAUUAAGGUUUUGGCAGCUUUAUUCACAUAUUUCAUGGAGACAAACAACUUCAGAGUUGUGGAUGCCAAGGAGCACGAUUCCAGACCAUCCUCCAACAUGUCUCCAUCAGACUUUCUGGACUCGCUGAUGGGUCGAACGUCAGGGUACGAUGCACGAAUAAGACCCAAUUUUAAAGGUCCACCAGUUAAUGUUACCUGCAACAUAUUUAUCAACAGCUUUGGUUCUAUAGCAGAAACUACAAUGGAUUACAGAGUGAACAUCUUCCUGCGGCAGAAGUGGAAUGACCCUCGGCUUGCAUAUAGCAAAUACCCAGAUUCCUCCCUUGACCUGGACCCGUCCAUGCUGGACUCCAUAUGGAAGCCCGAUCUCUUCUUUGCCAACGAGAAGGGAGCCAACUUCCAUGAUGUCACCACAGACAACAAGCUGCUGAGGAUCUUCAAGGACGGGACAGUCCUCUAUAGCAUCAGGCUGACUCUCAUUCUGUCCUGCCCAAUGGAUUUGAAGAACUUUCCGAUGGAUGUCCAAACUUGUACAAUGCAACUGGAAAGUUUUGGCUACACCAUGAACGACUUGAUCUUUGAAUGGCUGGAGAAGGGUGCAGUGCAGGUGUCAGAAGGGCUCACCCUGCCUCAGUUUAUCAUGAGGGAUGAGAAGGAGCUGGGCUACUGUACCAAACACUACAACACUGGUAAAUUCACCUGUAUUGAGGUCAAAUUCCAUCUGGAGCGCCAGAUGGGCUACUACCUGAUCCAGAUGUACAUUCCCUCCCUCCUCAUUGUUAUCCUGUCAUGGGUGUCUUUUUGGAUCAAUAUGGAUGCUGCUCCUGCCAGAGUGGCACUGGGUAUCACCACUGUGCUUACCAUGACCACCCAAAGCUCUGGCUCCAGAGCUUCUCUUCCAAAGGUCUCUUAUGUGAAAGCCAUUGAUAUCUGGAUGGCUGUGUGUCUGCUCUUUGUAUUUGCUGCAUUGCUAGAAUAUGCCGGGGUUAAUUUUGUCUCCAGGCAACAGAAAGAGUUCCUUCGCUUGAAGCGAAGACAAAGGAGGAAUCACAAGGAUGAUGAUAUGCGAGAAGGCCGUUUUAAUUUUGCUGGCUACAACAUGAGCCAGUGUCUGCCAACGAAAGAUGGCUCAGCUGUUAAGAAUGCCGCUCCAACUCUGAACCCUCAACCAUCAGUCCCAAAAGACAUAGACACCAUGAGGAAGAAGUUUGUGGACAGAGCCAAGAGGAUAGACACAAUUUCCAGGGCCGCCUUUCCUCUGGCCUUCCUCAUCUUCAAUGUCUUCUACUGGAUUACCUACAAAAUCAUCAGGCAUGAGUCCGUCGACAAAAACUAG